AUGCGUGCCGCCUGUGGAAUUCACUGUGGAGACCUGCAGGCUGCUCUGGAGACCUACGACCUUAUGUCCCGCAAGUUCUUUACUCACGCCACUCCGACACUGUUCAAUGCUGGCACACCAUCGCCGCAGAUGUCGUCUUGCUUCCUCUUGAAGAUGCAGGGUGAUAGCAUCGAGGGCAUCUACGACACUCUGAAGCAGUGUGCCUUGAUCUCCAAGUCCGCCGGGGGAAUUGGCGUGGCGAUCUCCAACAUCCGGGCCAGUGGCUCCUACAUCCGUGGCACCAACGGCCACAGCAAUGGCCUUGUUCCCAUGCUCAGGAACUUCAACGAGACGGCGCGGUAUGUGGACCAGGGCGGAGGGAAGAGGAAAGGCUCUUUCGCCAUGUACCUGGAGCCCUGGCACGCGGACGUCAUGGACUUCCUUGAGCUUCGAAAGAACCACGGCAAGGAGGAGCAGCGCGCCCGUGACCUUUUCUACGGCCUCUGGAUUCCAGACCUCUUCAUGAAGCGCGUUAAGGAGCGGCUGACGGUAGGAGCUUGGGGCAGUCCCAGAUGCCAACUUCUGUCAUGCCCUUCCAGUUGCAGUGAAAUCUAUGGAUAUCGAUCUGUGAAGGAUAUAUCACUAUACCAUAUAAUGUGCUAUAUAAUAUGA